AGAAACAAGAAAGCAGUGACCUUGGGAAGAGACCAAAGAGAGAAGAAAGAAACAAUGCCGGCAAUGGAAAACAAAACCCAAGCCUUAGAAACCUCGCCAAACAACUCUGAUCAUCAAUAUCAUCUCCAGCCCAACAAUGAGAACAAAACCCAAACCCCAAAAACCUCACUUUAUGAGCAGUCAAGAGAAGAAAGAAUCAAAGAAAACCUUCAACGGAUGCAACAGCUUGGCCUCAAAGAUCUCUCCAACUCCCUCCUCAACUCCAUUUCUCAUCUCUCUUCAAGGCGUGGGCGUCCACGACUUGGCUGUAAGCCACCAGUUACCCCACGACCCCUUCCCUUGCCGCCAUCUGCCUCCCUUCGCCGCUCCUCCAGGUUGCAGAAUACUACUCCAGUGACCUAUUCAGAGGUGGUUUUGGCAAAAAAAGAUGAGGUUUUGGAGGAUGUGCAGCUGAAGCUACAGGAAACAGAGGUGUAUACAGAAGAGCAUGCGAAGCUUUUGGGUAACACUGAAAGGAGCUGGACACUUUUUGUGGAUGGGUAUGGAAGUGCUGGGAGACGGAUUUAUGAUUCUGUGAAGGGAAAGACUUGCCAUCAAUGCCGGCAGAAAACUCUUGGUCAUCGUACUCACUGUAGCAAAUGCAACAUGGUCCAAGGACAGUUCUGUGGAGAUUGUUUAUAUAUGAGAUAUGGAGAGCAUGUGCUUGAAGCCAUAGAGAAUCCAAAUUGGGUUUGUCCUGUGUGUCGUGGAAUUUGCAACUGUAGUUUGUGCCGGCAAGCGAAAGGAUGGGCUCCUACUGGCUCUCUUUAUAGGAAGAUAUCACAUAUGGGCUUCAAGUCGGUUGCACAUUAUCUCAUUCAAACUCGACGUGUGCAAACCAAUAUUGAAAAGAAUCCAGAGAAUAUUGAUGAAGUGUCUGCUAAGAGGUCACUGUCCUUUCCAGCUCUAGAAUUGCCAUCAGAAGAAUCUUCCGAGGUCGAUAAUAAUCGGAAGCCUCAAUCUGGGGAGGAUGGCUUGAACUGUGAGAAAAAGGAAAACAAUGCUUACCCAGAACCAAAUCCAACUAUUAUCCAUCAAAAUUCUGCUAGGAAAUCAUUGCUCUUUACAAAGUAUGAAGCUGAGUUUGAAAAAGGGGAAUCUAUAGAGAUCAACCUUGAUGUCCAUGGGCAGGUGGGAUUUUCAGAGCUGGAUUCUGGAAAGAAGAAAGAUGAGGAGCUCAAGUGUGAACAUGAGAAGGAAUUGCAUUUCACAGAGGAAGAACCUAAUGCUAGCCCUCUGACAUUGGAAAGAAGACCUGGAAAGAAGCAUCCGUUGUCCAUUGAACCAAGCCCCGACUGCAUUGCUGGAAGACGUAGACAAAGGCGUCGAAAAGAUAGCAACCAUAAUAAUGGGACUAUGUGGCUUAAUGACAAAUUUUUGGAUGCUAAACAGACUGUAAACCAUGUAUUCUCAAAAAAGAAAGUAGUCAAAGAGAGGGAAACACGCGAUGCUGUCAAGGAUAUAGGUGAAGGCUUUAUUGCAUCAGAGAAUAGUCCAAAGCUUAUGAAGAGGUCUGCACCUGCUAUGGAACAUAGCCUAGACGGUAGUGCUGAAAGGUUGAAGCAAAGGUGUCGACAAUGCAAAGAUCAUGACGAGCAGGGGUUACCAGGGGAAAAUGCGAGUGUAUCAGACGCGAAGCAGGUUGUUGAAAACAAUUCAUCAGGGAAGGAAUCUGAGGCCAAUCUGAAGCUUAGUACUUCUGGAGCUAGUAUGGACUGUAUAGCCAGAAGAUUAAGGCCUCGAAACAAAGCAGCUUCCCCAUAAGUCGUAAGUCCCUUUUGUUAACUAGGAUUGAGUUCAUAAUGCUCUUAUUGAGAUAGCAGAAGUAGCCUCAAUAUUAUGUUUAGGGCUUAUGUCUAGUAGAAAAAUUAGUUGAAGCAGCAGUUCCUCAUUCUUCCUCUUAGCUACAGUCAAGCCACAGUUGGCUUGCUUAUCUUACUAAUAUUGCAAGUAUUUUAGUACGUUAAAGUGUGCUUUGUAGCAUUUUGGGUCCU